AUGGGGUGCAAGCCUUCUACCCUUGGAGCCUAUCAGCGAGGCAGCUCUAAUGCUGCUGGUGCUGCUGCUGUACCUUCCGUUGCAGUACCUGUAGAGAACGAUUCUUUUAUUGAUGCAGCAGCACCUGCUGCUGCAGCUGAGCCUGCAGCAGAGAUUCCCCCCUCCGGUGCUUUAGGCGGCUGCGAAGGCAGCAGCAGCAACAGCAAAAACAACGACAGCAGCAACAGCGGCAAGCUCCCAGGGCUUCGUUUGCGUCUUGUUUCUCUUAAACCUGAGCUAAAGACCUUCUCUUCUCCUCGUCAGAGCAUUGCGAGCGGCUAUGAAAAGAUAAAAAGAGGUGCUUCUUCGUUAAAAGCAGCAAUAACCCCCCGCACUGCAACACCAGGGCUUCUUAGUCCUAGAGAGGCAGACGCCUUGGGGGCCCCUGGGGGCCCUCAUUGUAUAGCAAGCGAUGCUAUUAAAGAAGCAGAUUCAGCAGCAUGUCUAGAUGUAGCAGAGACUAAGGGACAAGCAGUGUGCGGCCCUCUGCACACCGCUAUAGAUGCUGCAGCAGCAGAGAGAAAAGCAGAAGAAAGCAAAGACAGCAGCAACAAAGAUGCUUAUCAAAUACCCCAUACAGAACUUAUCAAUAAAGAAACUCCUUCACCACAACAACUUAAAUCUCUCUGGAUGCUGAUGAAAAUCAGCGGUGCUUCUUCUCCUCAAGAAGCUAUGCAGUGGCUGCACGACCUCGAAGUUGUGCUCGUUACCUUAGACCCAGUCGAAAGACAACAGCCUACGCGGAGCAUUCUCUUAGAAGCGAAGGCUUUAGAAAUUUGUCUCCGUCCUUUAAGCCAAACCCCUGAUGAAGUGCAGCUCUGUGUUUCUUCUCUUGCAAUUAUUGUUCAUCUUUGCAUGGCUAAAGAGGCGUCUGAACGUCUACUCGAGCUCGGGGGCAUCGAAGUAACAGCCAAAGUGCUGAAGAAAUAUUUUAGUAAAGCGAAGAAACUCCAAAAAGACAUACCACUGAUGCACGUGCUGCAGGAUGCACCAGCAGCAGACAACCAGCAGCAGCAAGAGCAGCAGCAGCAGCAGCAAGAACAGAGCUGGACUGAUGUUCAGGAGCCUCCUACCCCUGCACCAACCCCAGAGGCAGUUUUAAACAGCAACUGCAAUGGGGGCCCCGCAACACCGCAGCAGCAGCCGAUUCUGAAGGGAGCAGCAGCAGUAGAAGAAGCUGUGCAUACACCCCAAGAUGCAGCAGCAGCAGCAGCACCAGAAGCAGCAGCAGCACCAGCAUCAGCAGAUGCUCCUCUCCCCACACCUACACCCGCAAACACGCCAGAAGAACACGCAGCAGCAACUCCUGCUGCAGAAGAUGCAGCAGCAACUGAAGCAGCACCAGCAGCAGGAGCAGGAGAAGCAGCACCAGCACCUGCUGCACCAGCAGCAGCAACCGAGGCAGCACCAGCACCUGCAGCAGGAGCAGCAAAUGCAUCACCUGAACCCACUACGAAGCCCCAAGGCAAUGGACAGAUGGCUGCAUUUAAGCGCGCCUGCUCUAAGCUGCAGCAGCAGCUGCCGAUGCUGCUGCAGCAGAAGCUAGGGACAGCACCUGAAGUAAUAAAUGUAACACGAGAACAGUAUGAAGCAGCAAUAAAAGAAUUAAGACUUCUAGCUGAAUUCAUGACACUCGUAUGGAGGCUUGUAUUCGCCACCAGCCUUGAUGGAGAUGAAUUCGCACAGCGUUGGGCAAGUUGCGGGGUUCCUGAGUUGGCGAUUGAAGCUCUGAGCUGUUCAGAAGGAGUGUAUAAAGAGAGCAGUUUUGUUUGCUGGUCUUUAGGGGCUUUAAGGUUUAUUCCUUUAGCAGUUCCUAGCGUUGCUGAGGUGUAUGUACACUCCAAAGGGCUCUUAGCUGCAGCAUAUGAUCGCAUGCUGCUGCACUACACUGACCCUCUGGUUUUAGAAAACGGAUUUGCACUUCUCGCAAACUACCAACGCAAACAGCCAAGCAACAGCCAGCUCUUCAGCAAGCAAAGACCUGAAGCUUGGGGGAAGUGUGUCUCGUGGCUGCUGCAAGAAGAAUCUCUCUCUCGCGUUGACGUUCUUUUUCAAGGCCUCUUUUCUUUGGGGCUUGCAUGCAGCUACUGCCCUGCAGCAGCAAAACGCGUCCG